UUUAUUUAUUUAUUUAUUUAUUGUAUAAUGAAAAAAAAGGUGAGAGACAGAGUUAAUUAAUUAACGCGAAAAAGAAAGAAAGGGAAUAGUUGAUUGAUGAGAGUGAGUGAGUAUAAGAUCUGUUACAGUUACAAUUGAAUUGAAAUUGAAGAAAGGAAAACAAGUGUGAGUUUGAACGAAGUAGUGAAUGUGAGUUUGUAGAUCUCUUCUCUUCUCUUCUCUUCUCCUGUGAUUGAUAAUACGAUGGAGUACAGGAAAAUCAAAGACGAUGAGGAUAUUAUUAUAGAUAGGGAUGUGGAGGUUGCAGACGGUGAUAAAUCUUUUUUUAUUCCAGUCUCUUCAUCAUCCGAUGGAGAAACCAAAAUUGACACUCACAGGACCAAAGUACAGUGGAAGCGCAAGUCAGUGGUCACAUUUGCAUUGACCGUUCUUACUAGUUCACAAGCCAUUCUAAUUGUUUGGUCCAAGAGAGCUGGCAAGUAUGAGUAUAGUGUUACUACUGCUAACUUUUUGGUCGAGACUUUAAAAUGUGCUAUAUCCCUAGUGGCCUUGGCAAGAGCAUGGAUGACAGAAGGUGUCACCGAGAACAACAGGUUGACUACAACAUUAGACGAAGUUAUAGUGUAUCCUAUCCCAGCAGCACUUUACCUUGUUAAAAAUUUGCUUCAGUAUUACAUCUUUGCAUAUGUAGAUGCUCCUGGCUAUCAGAUAUUAAAGAACUUCAAUAUUAUCAGUACAGGUGUCCUAUACAGAAUUAUACUUAAGAAAAAGUUGAGUGAGAUUCAGUGGGCUGCUUUUGUUCUACUAACUGCCGGGUGCACUACAGCUCAGUUGAAUUCAAAUUCCGAUCAUGUUCUUCAAACUCCCGUUCAAGGUUGGGUGAUGGCAAUCGUCAUGGCUCUCUUGAGUGGUUUUGCAGGAGUAUAUACUGAGGCUAUUAUCAAAAAGCGUCCUGCACGGAACAUAAAUGUUCAAAACUUCUGGUUGUAUAUCUUUGGCAUGGGCUUCAAUGUUGUGGCAAUAUUGGUUCAAGAUUUUGAUGCAGUCGUGAACAAGGGAUUCUUUCAUGGAUAUUCAUUCAUUACCUUUCUCAUGAUUUUGAACCACGCACUCAGUGGAAUUGCUGUAUCAAUGGUGAUGAAAUAUGCUGACAACAUUGUGAAGGUGUAUUCUACUUCAGUGGCAAUGCUUCUUACAGCAAUUGUUUCUGUAUUUCUUUUUGGCUUCCAUCUCUCCCUAGCCUUCUUCCUUGGAACAAUUGUUGUCUCUGUCUCAAUUUAUCUGCACUCUGCUGGGAAGAUGCAAAGAUAACUAUGACUUCUGCCCUCUAUUUUUCCGACACUGGAUAUUUUUAUUUUUUAUCCAUUGUUGAUUAGCCUAAUUUCAAAUGUUAUUUUGAAACUAUUAGUUCAGUGUCAGCGUAUACUUUGAAAUCCAUCUUCCAUGUAUCUCAACAAAUACGAAAUCAGCUUCCUGAAAGGUGAUAGAUAUGUAAGUUCCAAUAGAAGUUCUUAUCAGAGCCUCCUCCCCCCAUCCUAUUUAUUUUGGUUAAAAAGGUUUAAACAAUGAUAUAGUUAAGCAAUAUGAUUGUGUGA